AUGGAGGGCUACACGUUGAUAGCGCCCCCCCAAGGCGCGUGGGGCCGCACGGCGCGCGUUGCUGUCGCCGCUGGGCUGGCUGGAGCCGCGGCGACGGUUCUGGCAGGCCGUGCUCUGGCUGCCCGCCCUACGGCGCCGGUCGAGAUGGUCGACUAUUCCAAGCAGCAUCAGGAUACGGUGGGUGGCCCAGGCAGCCCGCUCGCGAAGCAGGUUGUGGUCGGCAUGGACACGAAUAUCAAUCUCCACACCGCCUGGAACGACUGGCCAGGCUGGUCGGCGGAGAUGGCCCCGUAUUGGACAGAGGACAUGGUCUACGACUUCAACUACGUGGGGAGCUGGGGCUUCGGGGCCACGAAGACGCUCCACGGGUGGUACGAGGGCGAGCACAUGCACUUCAACGCGGCCCUGCCCGACUCCCAGUGGAUGGACUUCAUCCGGGCGGCCACCAACGACACCUGUACCUCAGCCAGCUACGGGCUGGCGAGGUGGGCCGGGGAGUUCGCCGGCGUGCCGCCUCCGCCGGGCGCCCCGUGGGUGCGGAUACGGGACCUUGAUUUUUACCUCUUGGAGGGGAGGCGCAUCAAAAUCAAUUGGUGCAUCAUCGACGUCGUCGACAUGUUCGACCAGGUGGGCUACCACGUCCUGCCACCAGCCCCCAUGCCGACGGAGGGGUACAAGGCACCGAACGCCAUGGAUGGCUUCCCAGCGCCGAUGAGCGCCGCUGUUGAUCCGGACGACACCGUCCGGUCCCUGGCCGCUUGGAAGCAAGCACUCCAAGAGGAUUACUUGCUCGGCACUGGAGACGCGCGGUGGUGGGCAGAGCAGUUGACUUGGUACGGGCCCGCUGGGGUCGGAACGGCAAAGACCCGCGAGCAGUACGUGCAGCACUGGCUGCGGCCUUUGCACGACGCGUUCUCCGGAAUCCGGCUGCAGAUGGACCUGGAGCUUUGCGAGGGCGUGUAUUGCGGCGCCCACUUCUACUUGUGGGGGAACCACACUGGGGAGUGGUUCGGCGAGCCGGCGAGCGGGAAGCUAGUGCCGAUUCGUUGCGGGGCGCAUGCUCGUUUUGACAAGCAGGGCCGCAUCGUGGAGGGAUGGCUCAUCAUCGACACGCCACGGGCAUUCGAAGCCAUGGGUGUCGACCUUUUCGCUCGCGCGCGGGCGCAAGCACUGGCCCUUGCGCCGAAUUGA